UUUCUAGUCUGAGACCUGACUGGGCCUUCCCCUGAGUUCAUUGUAUGUGCGAAUCGCGGUCCGUGAACUUGUGAUUAUUUCUCGCUUGUUGCCGUGAUCGUGUUGUGUAUCUGAGUUGAGAUCAGGCUGGCCUAUUCGAGAGCAGAUAAUGAGUUUUGUCGUCGUGGUGCUGUUAUUUGCGACAAAGAAAGGAACAGCCAGCUCCUGGGAUUUUCCAGCUUUCAGCGGGUAAAACAAAAAUAGAAAUACUAGGCGGCCACGGAUUGCGCCAGUAGUGCUCAGUCUGAAUCUAGGAAUCGUCACAAAUGGACAAGUGAAUUUCCUCUACGGUAGAAACCAAAGAAAAUAGUAACCCAAGUGGAAAAAAACAUUGGUUUAGUACUGUGCAUAAAGUGGAAUUCAGUGUACAGCACGAAGUGAAAACAAGCGGAAAAAUACAAGAAACAAAAAGCCAACAUGAGUGAAAUUUCCUGCAAAGGUAGUCCUACAUCCAGCGCUAGCGCACGGAUAAGCUUGGUCACAGACGAAAGCCACUUCAGUUUGGCCAGUCUGAACUCCACCGCCAGUCAGGAUGAAUUUUUCCGGUGCAGGGAACAUUCCGAUCUGGUGCUCAAACGGAUGCAAGAAUAUUUGCAGAACGAGAAACUGUGCGAUGUGAUCUUGGUCGCCGGAUUAGAUGGCAAACGAGUACCCGCACAUCGUCUGGUACUAUCCGCUUCGUCGGCCUACUUCAGUGCGAUGUUCACCGGCCAUCUGCGCGAGAGCCAACAGGAAGAGAUAACACUACAGGAAGUGUCUGGUGAGGCCCUCCAGCUGCUCAUUCAGUAUUGCUAUACGGGAGCAAUCGAAUUGCGCGAGGACACCGUCGAAACGUUACUCGCGACCGCUUGUCUACUGCAGCUGAGCACAAUCGUCAAUGCAUGCUGUACCUUCCUAGCCCGCCAACUGCAUCCGUCCAACUGUCUGGGGUUUUCCUUGUUUGCCGAGCAGCAAGGAUGCACCGCACUGGUGAAAAUUGCCUCUGCCUAUACCUGCCAACACUUUAUGCAAGUCUGGAAGAAUCAGGAAUUUUUCCAACUGGACUCGGUUCAGCUGUCAAAUCUGCUGCAGAGUGACGACUUGAACGUUCCAAAUGAACAGGAAGUGUUUCAUGCCUUGAUGGCAUGGAUUCAGUUCGAUUCUGAGAAUCGGAAAAAAUACAUUCCCGAACUGUUGGCAUUAAUUCGGUUGCCACUAUUGCAACCGUCGUUCAUAGUCGACCACGUGGAAGCUCUCUGCGGUGCUAAUGAAUGUCAGCAGCUUGUAAUGGAAGCGUUCAAGUGGCAUCUAAUCCCUGGAAGGAGAUCUCAGAUAUCGACACAGCGCACCAGACCCAGAAAAUCUACGAUCGGAAAACUGCUGGCAGUUGGUGGUAUGGAUGGCCAUAAGGGCGCCAUUAGCAUAGAAAGUUACGAGCCAAGAUUAGACAAAUGGACUCUUUUGAAGAAUAUGCCUGCAAGGCGGCUUCAAUUCGGAGUAGCUGUUAUGGACGAUAAGUUAAUAAUUGUCGGAGGUAGGGACGGUCUGAAAACACUGAACACAGUUGAGUGUUUCGAUUUAACAACGAUGACUUGGGGUUCGAUAGUGCCACCGAUGGGAACGCCUAGACACGGUUUGGGAGUGGCAUUUCUGGAAGGCCCCCUAUACGCAGUUGGUGGUCACGAUGGGUGGAGUUAUCUGGCAACAGUCGAACGAUGGGAUCCAGCGGCACGUUCCUGGAGCUACGUAGCACCGAUGGCAUCCAUGAGAUCAACUGCCGGUGUGGCAGUGCUCGGUGGACGUCUGUAUGUGAUUGGGGGACGAGAUGGUAGCGUUUGCCAUCGAACCGUGGAAUGUUACGAUCCUCAUACGAAUAAAUGGACCCUGCGUGCGCCAAUGAAUAAACGUCGCGGAGGAGUUGGAGUUGGAGUUCUGAAUGGUUUUCUGUACGCUUUGGGAGGUCAUGACUGCCCAGCGAGCAACCCGGCCGUAUGCAGAACUGAAACCGUCGAACGUUACGACCCCACGACGGAUACAUGGACGUUGAUCGCAUCACUGAGUGUGGGUAGGGACGCAAUUGGGGUGAGCGUUCUGGGCGAUUGGUUAAUAGCCGUCGGCGGUUAUGAUGGCAAUCAGUAUCUGAAAACAGUCGAACAGUAUGACACGGAGAGUAAUGAGUGGCAACAGAUUGCACCGGUCAAUUACAGUCGUGCGGGAGCUUGCGUGGUGGCAAUUCCUAACAAUUUUUCAUCCACCAAUGGAACGGUAGGCACGGGAGUCACGUCCGCCUCGAUGGGCACCCUGGCUACGGUAUCAUCUACCUCGUCCACAAAUACUACGAACAGAGGAGCAGGUUCCUCUCGUACCGGUAAUUACUACUAUAGACGACAGUUUAGGAUCUAUGAUUAUUACGUUUAGCAAGCUGAGCAGGCUGCCCAUCCGGUGAAGAUAUGUAGGUACUAGUCUAGAAGAAGCUCGAAUUGACCGAAUCAACCGACCGAGAAACAAAAAAACAUCACCCUGUGAUCAUUUUUAUUUUUACUGACUGUGAGGUAAUGCUGAGCUCACAUUUAUUACGAGAAAUUCCAUUAAAAGAUGAAAUGCUAAAAACAACCAGCAAAAGCCUCCCAUCAGAACUCCACUGUCGGUUUUGCUAUUUUAUUUUUGAGAUUAUUUUUCCAGUGAAUGUGAUCGAUGGUUAUGUAUGUACCUAGUUCCAAAGAUUUGCUGCCAAAACCAGUGUAAAACAAGGCGCGUGGACCGGUGGGAGGCAUUUUUAUCUGUGAUCGGCUAAUGACGAAUACAAUGUGAAAGAAUUCCAGUUUCCUUUUCCGAUAGAUAUAUUGUUUCAUAUAAGCGACGCAUAUAAAAAAGCAGAUUCAAUUUGAUAGUUUUCUACUUUGGAUACCUUAUAACGCGUAUACUAAAUGCUUUUCAGUGACUGUUAGGUUAUAAUCAAUCAUUUGUGUUGCUCUAGAAACUAAAUUUUGAGCGUGAUAUUUUGUUUAUUUUUUUCUAGAAGUCAAUGUAACGAUAAAAACGAAAACUAACUAGAAUCGAUUGUAGGUAUUAAGGUUAUCUACUCUAAUGUAAGAUUGAAUGGCAAUGGACGAAUCAAAUGAAUGUAAGAUGAUACUAAAUCAAUCACCUAAAAUAUGCCUAGUAUUUGUACUAUGAAAAAAAAACACUGCAACCGAAGAUCCUACAGCUAUAUUUCAAAUGAAAAGGCACACAAAAGAAUACUUGUUUUGAUACUAUUUUUAGCUAAAUAUUAUAUACUGACGAUCAAUUAUUAAUAAUAACAUAUUUUAGUAUGAA